AUGGAUUAUAAUAUGGUCACCUUGGAUAUUACUGUUGGCUCAACUGUGCUCACUCUUUUUUCAUACUAUUUUGAACCCUCAAGAAACAUUGACUUAGAUCUUCAUAAAAUUAGUCAAGUCUUUUUGUCCAAAAAUCUUAAUCGACUGGUUAGGUGUAUGGACUCUAAUGGCAAAUCUGAAUUAUGGUUUAGUCCCUAUUCAGAUUCUCGUGGAGAUAAACUGAGUGAAUUUAUUUCUGCCAACAACCUAUUUGUUAUUAAUGAAGAUUAUGGACCUACGUUUCAGGCAACUCAGGGUUCUAGUUAUGUUGAUGUUACUGUUAUUGGUUCAGAUCUUCUCCAGGAUGUUUCGAGUUGGCGGCUGUCUGAAAAAGAAUCCCUUUCUGAUCACAUGAUGAUUGAAUUUGAAUUUUGUCUCUCUACGUUCUUACGAGACACCUCAAAUGUUCCUUUUAAAAUCUUCAAUACAGGGAAAGCAAAUUGGGAUCGUUUUCGAAAAUUUUGUUCUUUUCGCAUCACCCGUUUUAUUGAUAUUCUUAACUACUGUACUGAUGGUUCUCGCCUAAAUACUCUUGUUGAGAAUUUUAGUUUUGUUCUUCUCCAGGCAUCUCAAAUUUCCAUACAUGUUAGGAAUCAUGGUAAGCACAAUGUUCCUUGGUGGUCUGCCGAAAUUUUUUGUAUGAGAAAGAGGCUUAAUGCCUCUAGGCGUAGAUUUCAGCGUUGUAAAAAUCCGCCUCUUAGAGAACUUUAUAAAAGUAAAUAUCUUGAAUAUAGAAAAGUUUACAAUCUAAAGCUUGCCGAUGCUAAAUCUCAGUCUUGGAAAACAUUUCUUUCGACCAUUGAUGUUCACAGUGUAUGGAAAAAGAUUUACACAUAUGGAGUUAAAAGAGGUUUCAUGAAAAAAAUUGAAAUAACUGGUAUUUGUCUUUUCACUGGAGAGACAACCAACUCUUUAGAAGAGACAAUUACUGCUGUGCUUCAGAAAUCUUUCCCCUCGGAUCUAGAGGAAAAUGAUGAUGAUUUGCAUAAGGAAUACCGAAUACCGUCAAGCUGCGCGUACUGCUUAUUCUUCUUUUGUAGAUCCUACGUUUUCUUGUGA